AUGAUCUCUGGCGUGCUCAUCUUCAAUCAAAAGGGCGAGAACCUCAUUUUCCGAGCCUUUCGAAACGACUGUCGACCCCGCCUGGCUGAUGUCUUUCGCAUCCAAGUCAUUUCCAAUGCUCAGGUUCGAUCGCCCAUCUUGACUCUUGGCAGUACCACAUUCAGCCAUGUCAAGCAUGAAAACAUCUACCUCGUCGCCAUUACCAAGAGCAAUGCCAACGCCGCGCUCGUCUUUGAGUUCUUGUACCGGUUGAUUCAGCUGGGCAGAGGAUACUUUGGCAAGUUGGAUGAAGAAGCCGUCAAGAACAACUUCGUCUUGGUGUAUGAGCUGCUUGAUGAAAUCAUCGACUUUGGAUACCCUCAAAACACCGAAACAGACACCUUGAAAAUGUACAUCACUACAGAAGGCGUCAAGUCCGAAACCAGACCCGAAGACACGUCCAAAAUCACCAUGCAGGCAACAGGCGCUCUCUCAUGGAGAAAGGCCGACGUCAAAUACAGGAAGAAUGAGGCCUUUGUUGAUGUUAUCGAAGACGUCAACUUGCUCAUGUCGGCUACCGGUGCCGUCCUACGAGCCGACGUGAAUGGUCAGAUUGUGAUGCGAGCUUAUCUCUCCGGGACCCCGGAGUGCAAAUUCGGACUCAACGACAGGCUAUUGUUGGACAAUGACGGGCUCCUCACGCUACCCAGUGGCAACCGGAUGGGCACCAAGGCGACAAAGGCGGCAGCAGGCAGCGUUUCCCUGGAAGACUGUCAGUUCCAUCAGUGUGUCAAGUUGGGCAAGUUUGACGCCGACAGGAUCAUCAGUUUUGUGCCGCCAGAUGGCGAGUUCGAGCUGAUGCGCUAUCGUGCGACUGACAACGUCAAUCUCCCGUUCAAAGUCCAUGCCAUUGUCAACGAGGUUGGACGGAGCAAGGUUGAGUACAGCAUAGGAGUCAAGGCAAAUUUCGGUUCCAAACUCUUUGCCACCAACGUCGUGGUACGGAUUCCCACGCCCUUGAACACUGCGAAAAUCAUCGAACGCGUUACGCAGGGCAAGGCAAAGUACGAACCCAGCGAAAACUGCAUAGUGUGGAAGAUUGGCCGGUUCACAGGACAGAGCGAAUAUGUUCUGAGUGCCGAGGCUGUUUUGACGAGCAUGACGAACCAGCGAGCAUGGAGCCGCCCACCCUUGAGUAUGAGCUUUAGUCUGCUCAUGUUCACAAGCUCAGGCUUGCUUGUUCGCUAUCUCAAGGUGUUUGAGAAGAGCAACUAUUCCAGUGUGAAGUGGGUGCGGUAUGUGACGAGGGCAGGCUCUUAUGAAAUCAGAUUUUGA